AUGCUUGCAGCGGAAGUACCUAUUGAGCAGUGUGGGGGUCAGCUGGACGCGAGUGACCCUGGCUACAUCACCACACCGGGCUACCCGCUGGAGUACCCGCCCCAUCAGGACUGCCGCUGGGUCAUCACCGCGCCCGAGCCCUCGCAACGCAUCGUCCUCAACUUCAACCCCCACUUCGAGCUGGAGAAACUCGACUGCAGGUAUGACUUCAUCGAGAUCCGCGACGGGAACUCGGACGCGGCGGACCUGCUGGGCCGGCACUGCAGCAACAUCGCCCCGCCAGCCAUCAUAUCGUCCGGCCCCGUCCUCUACAUACGCUUCGUCUCCGACUACGCACACCAGAGCGCCGGCUUCUCGCUACGCUACGAGAUCUUCAAGACAGGGUCUGACUGCUCACGGAACUUCACCAGCCUGUCGGGCGUGAUCGAGUCGCCCGGCUUCCCCGACAAGUACCCGCACAACCUGGAGUGCAACUUCAUCAUCAUCGUGCCGCCGCACAUGGACGUCACGCUGACCUUCCUGACCUUUGACUUGGAGAACGACCCCCUGCAGGGGGCAGAGGGCGAGUGCAAGUAUGACUGGUUGGAGAUAUACGACGGCCUGCCGCAAGUGGGGCCGCUGAUUGGUCGUCACUGCGGUACGAAGACCCCUCCUGAGAUCCAGUCGUCCACGGGCAUCCUGUCUCUGUCCUUCCACACGGACAUGGCCGUGGCCAAAGAUGGCUUCUCCGCACGCUACAACAUGACCUACAAAGAAGUCAGCGACAACUUCCACUGUAGUAGUGCUCUAGGCAUGAGGUCCGGCCGCAUCUCCGACGACCAGAUCACCGCCUCGUCCGUCUUCUACGACGGCCGCUGGAAUGCCGAGCAGGCCCGCCUCCACAGCGAGGACCACGGAUGGACGCCCAGCACCGACAGCCAGAAGGAGUACAUCCAGGUGGAUCUGCAGUUUGUGAAGCUGCUGACGGGCAUAGCCACCCAGGGGGCGGUGUCCAAGCAGACCCAGAAGCAGUACUACGUCACCAGCUUCAAGCUAGAGGUCAGCACCAAUGGAGAGGACUGGAUGGUCUACCGCAACGGCAAGAGCCACAAGGUGUUCCAUGCCAACAGUAACCCCACGGACCCUGUUCUAAACCGCAUUCCUCAGCCGGUUCUAGCACGGUUCGUCCGGAUCCGACCACAGGCCUGGAAGACUGGCAUUGCCCUGCGCUUUGAGUUGUAUGGGUGCCAGAUCACAGACCAGCCGUGUUCGGAGAUGCAGGGCAUGCUGUCCGGGCUGCUGCCGGACUCCCAGAUCUCGGCGUCCUCCAUGCGUGACCUCCACGCUCCCAUGGGCGUCGCCCGGCUGGUGGCCAGUCGCUCGGGCUGGUUCCCUAGCCCCGCCCAGCCCGUGGCGCGGGAGGAGUGGCUCCAGGUGGACCUGGGCGUGGCCAAGGCUGUGCGGGGCGUCAUCACGCAGGGCGCGCGUGGCAUGGACGGAGGGUCCAGCACGGAGAGUCGUGCCUACGUCCGGAAGUACCGCCUGGCGCACAGCCUCACAGGCCGGGACUGGACCUUCAUCAUGGACACCAAGACCAACCUGCCCAAGAUCUUCGAGGGGAACACACACUUCGACACGCCCGAGAUCCGGCGCUUCAACGAGACGGUGGCCCAGUUCGUCCGCGUCUACCCCGAGCGCUGGUCCCCCGCUGGCAUCGGCAUGAGGAUGGAGGUGCUGGGCUGUGACCUGCCAGAGUCCACCACGGUUCCUGACACAGCAACCCCAACCAUGCCCUCCCUGGAGACCACCACAGCACAGAGACUUCCACACAGAGCACAGCUGCUGCGCUAA